UAACGCCUUCAUUUCCUGGGUGAGCAGCGAAGAUAAGUGUCUCUGUGUUCCACAAAGCCAUGCUAUCUACACUUCUAACAAUGCACAGACUUCCUGUCCAACUGUUGUGUUUGGUGACGAUGCUCUCAUUGAGCGAUGAAUUCUCAACAACUGAAACAUCAGCAAAAAUGGCAAGUACCAGACGAACCAUCUUUGACGACCUGUUGAUUGACUACGAUCCCAAGAUUUCACCCCACUACGACGAAGACAUACCGACUAAUGUCUCGGUGCAGAUAUACAUCUACAGCAUGGACACCUUUAACGAAGCUACGAUGGAAUACUCUCUGACGAUCUUCGUCCGUCAGAAGUGGCAUGACGCCCGCUUGUCUUACUCCGACUUCCCUAUUAUCACAGAACCACUGGAGCUGGACACGAAGGUCAUGGCCAGGGUCUGGGUACCGGAUCUGUACUUUACUAACGAGAAGAGGGCAACCUUCCACAUUGUCACCGUGCCCAACAAGCUUAUGCACCUCUACCGGAACGGCACCAUCUUAUACAGCGUCAGAUUAUCCGUGACGUUAUUGUGUAUGAUGGAAUUGCACAAAUACCCAUUCGACACCCAAAUCUGUGACAUUACUGCAGAAAGUUACAGUUACACGACGGACUCCUUGGUGUUCCACUGGUUUGAUCACAAACCUAUAGUGUAUUCAGACAGUCUGUUAAUACCACAGUUCAGGAAACAAGACACAACGGCCCUUGACUGCACAAAAACGUACGGCGAAGUCGGAAAUUUCACGUGCAUCCGGGCGUCCAUCGUUCUGGAAAGAGACAUCUGGUAUUACGUCUUUCAGGUAUACAUCCCCAGUACCUUGAUCGUUAUCCUCUCCUGGGUCUCCUUCUGGCUCGAUGUGGACGCCAUCCCCGCCAGAAUCACGCUCGGAGUGCUCACAGUGCUGACUCUCACUACCCAGAGCUCCAGUCUCCGCAACACGCUACCUAAGGUUUCCUACAUCAAGGCUAUAGACGUCUGGAUGGCCCUGUGUCUGGGCUUCGUCUUCUCUGCUCUGCUCGAGUUUGCUUUUGUAAACGUUCUCUCUAGACGGAAGAAGAGCGACCCCAAAACGGAGAGCAAAACCGGAAGUAAGGUGGACGACACCAAACAGGUUAGCCAUAACUGUUGA